AUGCUGGCUCUGAUGCUGCUGGUGAAGCCGAGCUCGUCUGCGGAGCGCAGCCGCAGACACAGACACAGAUGGAGCUCCAGACAGCAGGAGGAGCUGCAGCUGCAGGCUCUGUCCACACUGAGCGCUCUUGCUCCGCUGAUGCUGGACGAGUACAUGAGCUGUCAGGCCAACACCUGUCUGCUGCUGCUGCUGGACUGCUGCCUGCAGGACGACUCCUUCAGUGGGCGGAGUCACGGUUUCCACGGCAGCGGCGGCGGGAGGAGGGCCCAGCUGCGCUACUGUGUGCGUGUGCUCCGAUCCGUGGCAUCUGUGGAGCACGAGCCGCUCCUGCAGGACCUGUGCGAUCAGGGCGCCAUCGGCCAGCUCUUGGGUGUGCUGCGCUGGUUCCUGGGGAGGCCGCAGGACGAGGACGCUGUGGCUCUGGAGAUCCAGACGGACUGUCUGUUCCUGCUGUCUGUGCUCUGUGAGGGAGACGUGCACAGGAAGGAGCUGUUCGGGACUGACGGGGUGGAGGUGCUGAUCCAGUAUCUGAGUCUGGACGCCGCGCUGGUCUCCAGCGGUCUGGGUCACAAUAAACUGCUGCUGUCCACCGUCGACUGUCUUUGGUCCUGUGUGCUGGGGUGUUUCGGUACGGAGGAUGUGUUCGUGGCCGGCGGCGGCGUGGAUCUGCUGCUGCAGCUGCUGCAGCGGAGCCCCAGACACAUGCUGACGCCGCUCGUGUCCGUGCUGCUGGAGCUGUGUGAGAGUCCCCAGGCCAUCACACGCCUGCUGCGCUGGAGCGGAGAGAGAGACGCCAGCGCACCGCAGCUGCUGCUGCACAUCUGGAGGAGAGAGGAGGAGCAGACGGGCGUCUCACGAGACCCACACGGCAUGAUCACAGGUGCAGACGCCAUAAAACAGAGCUAUCACAGCCAAGCACCUGUCAAACUAAAACUCUUACUGAAAAACCAUGAAAUAUUUCAUUUGUUUCACUGCAUGUCAUGUGACCAUUAA